CGGAGUAGCCGUUGACAUUGCGCUUGCGUUUGUUUAUGUUUGAAAAAUAAUUUUGCCGGCUUUUAAUUUUCCUCAAAAGUCCAGAAAAUGGAGAGAUAUUCUGAAGUAAUUGAUGCUGUGUACAGAGAGUGUGGUGCUAGUUAUUGUUCUGUGAUAAAAACACCGUCCUAUCUCAAGAAAAUAGCCCAGUUAUCAGAGGCGAAUAUUUUGCUGCUCUUCAAAAAUGUGACUUCUAGGAAGAAAUCUGAUGAUAUGCCUGAGAUGUCAGCAGUGAAGCCUGAUGAUUUGUUGGCUGAGGGGGAUACUUUGGAUUUGACAGGGUCUCCUCUCAAGGAUGAUUGUCCUAUUGAUUCCUUGGAUAUUUCUGCCAAUCUCAAGGAAAAUAGGGAAUAUAAGAAUUGGGAGAGUGUUGAGGAGAAUUACAGGGGAAUUGAUCAUCAGGAUGUCAUUAGGAUUUUGAAUAGUUUGGGCGAGGAUGUGGCAGAAAUUGGUACUUCCGUCUGGGCACUGUGUUCCAGUGAAAAUGAUAAGGUCCUGCUGCUGCAGAAGGAAUUUGCUGAAGGAUGGAAUACCCGUGGGAGGAUUUGGUUUGAUGGUCAAAUUCCUCUUGAGGAUGUUAAUUUGGCUGCAUUUAAGAGAUCCCAUUUGUCGUUUGUGGGAAAGGAUGAGAACGUCGAGACGGAUAUCAGGUCGCACUUUAAGCUCAAUACCAACACCAUUCUCGAGCACAAUUGGCUGAAUUCGAAUGAGACCACUCUAAUGAACAUUUCCAAUUCAACGUGCAUCCUGCACCAAGUGCUACCUGUUGAUCCCAGGGAUUUCUCCGCCGAACAGUUCUGGCGCCAAUUGGUGAUUCUGGAUAUGAUUGCAAAGGAAAUUGUCAAGUACAAGAAGCACGAUGAUAAACGCUUCGAUCCAGCCUACGAAUGCGGAUGCAACACGACAACAAUCGAUACCAUCAAGGAACAAAUUCGCACGAGUCUCACGGAGCUGCCAAUAAAUUUUGCCGAUCUAAAGACCUCAACUUCCGAAAACACCGUCUCAUCCGUCUUUGGGAACACUCACGAGCGUGACUGCCUCAGCAUUACCGAUAAGCUCUGGGACAUCCUUAAGUACUCAGCUUCCUAUCGAGACCUCAAAGUGGCUUUCAACUUUAUCUUUCACUGCGCUUCCGAGAACAGGAUUUUGAAUACACAAACAAACAACAACCACUUGGCAAUGCUGAUCGAUGCUAUUGCUCACAAAGAGCUAAGUAUUCCUUGCCUCGUCGGAAGUGAGCCCCUGGAGCUUCUGUUGGAAAUUGGCAUUGAGAAAGCGCGGAAGGAUUACGAGUAUAUAUUCACAAAUAGCAAAAUAUGUUUCCCGGAAGAACUUCAACUCAGGGCUGAGGGAACCCUGGAGGAAGAAAAUCAACCCUAUUCCAAGCGAUUGACGUCGCGAAAAUCUCUCUUUAGUGCUAAUCAUACCAAACCAUCGCGAACAUUGUCGGCAAAAUCUUUGCUGAAGAAUCCAACUGCCCAAGAUUCUCUCGAUGAUAGCACAGUUGGUUUUCGCAACAGUAACUUCAAUCGAGCUGAAGUGGAUUAUCGAUUGGCAAAAUUGGCACAGGUUCACAUCAUUCUUGAGCACUUGCUUCUGGUGGAGAAUCUCAAAUUGACAAACUUGAAUCAAUUGAUAACGAGAAGUUUGUUGGAUGCCCCUCUUGUGGCUUUUAAGGAUAUCAACCCCAUUGAGCACUAUACACUCGACAUUUCAGUGCCCAGUGACCAAGUUACGGACCUCACAAAAUUCAAAGGACCAAAUUCACUCAGUAUUGUUAUGCGCACCAUGAAUAAGUUCAAACAAGUGGAAAAUACUUUUUAUUGCACUUCCGAAACAAUUAUUCCACCUGAAACUUUUCCAAUGAAUGCAGAGAAUUUAUCAAAAGUUGAUGAUGACAUCGGGAGAGAUUUGUACUUGGUGUAUCGCUAUUUGAAAAUUAGGACAUUGAACCGAAAUGGAAUUGCAUAGAUUUCAUCCAACAUCAUCGAACAAUUAAUUUGUAUUCAAAAUCGAUAUGAGCUAAUAAUUACUAAAUGCACAAAUUAA